GUUUAAUUAAUAACGCUUGAAAGAUAUCUAUGGCUUUGGAAGUGUACUCCUUCUUUAGAGUCCCCAAGAAGCUUCGACAUAUCCCUGCUGUUUCUGCCUAUGCUAUGAUUAAGUCUGCACUCAGAGGUCAAUCCCGUGUUGACUGUGAAAUGGAACUGCUUCUACCUGUUUCUCACAAGGGAAAUGGAAUCUAUCUUAGAAAAGCUACAGUUUGGACUGCUCACAUUACCGACCCAGCUGCUGCCAAACAAUUCUUAAAGAGGACAGAUGUUUUUCCAAAAGCAGGGCAAUUAACCAACGCGCUCGGAAAAAGGGCACUUGUGACGAAAUUUUUGGGUCAAGACAAUAUCUUCUUGACUAGCGGUCAUCAAUGGAAAAAGCAGCGAGCAUUGAUGAAUCCAGUUUUUCAUCGAUCAAUGCCUAUCAAAGCAAUUGAUGAAGGUGUAAAGGCGCUUUUUUCUGUCAUUGAUAAAAAUAAUACCAAUAUCAACGUUACCACAAUGAUGCAGCAUUUCACACUCGAUGUUCUUGGAAUUACAGCGUUUGAGCAACUGAGACACAACAUCGCUGCUAUUUUCUUGGCUGGACAUGAAACGAUUUCUAGUACCUUGUCACUCUGUUUGUAUAAUCUCGCUAAACACAAACAUGUGCAAGACAAGCUCAGAAAAGAAGUUAUUGAGGUCUUGGGCGAUGAACCAGUAGAUGUUACACCUACAUUGGAAGAGUUAAAGAGAAUGGAAUACUUGAACAUGGUCAUUAAGGAGAAUUUUCGCUUAUAUGGGCCUUCUGAUACAAUCAUUCCUAGAGAAGCAGCCAAAGAUUUCAAUCUGGUAGGAACUUUUAUACCCAAGGGAACAUUACCCAACCUUGACAUUGGCAUUAUGCAUCGCGAUCGUCAUAUCUGGAAAGGCCCAGAAGCUUUUAUCCCUGAACGUUUUGGGCCUAAUGGAAUACAAGCAGACUAUAAUAUUUUCACCUAUUUACCCUUCAGCAAUGGUUCGCGCCAAUGCAUUGGCAUGAGUUUUAGUUUGGCUGAGCAACGAAUUUUCUUGGCUGUGGCAGUGAAAAAAUAUGAAAUUGAGAUUGCAAAAGACUCUAUUCAUUAUGAUCAUCUUGUGUUUGAUCGCGUUCGAACAAAAUCCCCUGAAUCCCUUCAGCUUACAUUUAAACGACGCUAUUAA